GCUCGUAGUAGUGUAAACAUUGUUACUUCUGUACCUGGCUACUGAUCGGCUUGAUCACGUCUCUGUUGGUUUUAAAAUAUCUGUUGACAUUGUUUCCACUCUGUAAGUGGUUUAACUGAAUGGAUUGGAAAGUAUUCAAACUGCAGUAAUCAUCAUUAUGGCAAAAGAAGAACUCCUGGCGUCAAUAGAAGUAUACCAAACACAGUUGGAACAAAUUCAAGGGGCUCUAGCUACUGCAGGAAGCGAAGAGAAACUUCAACUUCAGGAGCUCCAAGCUAAUCUGUUGCAGCUGUUAGAUCUUACUCUACAACAGUUGAAUGAACAACCAGAGGAGGAACAAAUCCAACAGAAGGAAGAACUUUCAUCCCAGAGAGAACACAAAGAACAUCAGACUGAACAUAAUGACACAUCAUCCCAUGAAAAGAAACUAGAUGAUGAAUUUGCCUUAUUUCAGUCUGAGAUUGCAGCUCUGUCAGAAGGAAGUGAUGACGAGGACAGUGAACCAAAGCACAAGUACUCUAAAGAGGAAUUGGAGGCAAUGGUGGGAACUCAGUGUCGUUCGCCUUUCACUGAGAAAUGGGGAGGUCAUAGCUUUCAUAAUGCAAUCAUUCUCAGUAUGGUGACAGGAGAAGAUGGUGAAGCUGACUUACAUAAGCCACAGGUUCGAGUUUUGUAUAGUCAACCAACUUGUUUGGAAAUGUUGCCAUGCCGUUUCUUCUUGUCUGGUCGGUGCAAGUAUUCUGAAGAUGAGUGCCGCUUUUCUCAUGGAAAUAUUGUCUGUAUUUCUGAUAUUAAAGAUCACAGAGAGCCAGAAUAUGACACCAUAGUAACUGGGAGUCGUGUUUUGGUCCAGCAUAGCAGUGACUUGUGGACCAGUGCCACUGUGCAGGAUGUCCUUGAAGAUAGGUCAGCCUUCUGUGUCAAAUAUGACAAGAACAAGGAAAUAGCAGAAGUGCAGCUGCCACAGAUGAUUCCUCUUCAAUGUGAAAAUGAUGAAGAAGAGGAUAAAGUUGAGACACCUGUAUUAGACAGUGCUAGUGACAUUGAUAGCAGUGAUGAUGAAAGAGCAGUUUUCAUCCCUACAGCCAAUUGGUUUCAGAACACUCUCUCAAAACGUCUUGGCGAUUGGGAAAAGCACACUAAGGGCAUUGGAUCAAAGCUGAUGGAGAAGAUGGGAUAUGUUGUUGGCACCGGCCUUGGCCCACAGGGAGAUGGCCGAGUGGAACCUGUGACUGCCUAUGUUUACCCACAAGGAGUCUCACUGGAUCGUUGCAUGGAACUUCGUGAAGCAUCUAAUGGCGAAGAGUUGCUAGAAGUUGAGAAGAGACUUGACCGAGAACGAAAGAAGGAAGAAGCCAAAUCUGCCCAAGCUGCAGAGAGACUCCGGAAGAAAACAUCGGUCUUUGAUUUAAUUAAUAAGAAAUUGGGAGGAAAAGGUCAACCCCUAGAAGAUAGUGAUGAUGAAUCAAACUCAAAGCCUGUGUUGAAUGUUAGUAAAUGUGCCCUUCAAAAAGAUUCAACCAAAGACCUCAACAUGAAGAAUUACCAACUGAGUGAAAAUAUCCGUCAACUUCAGAGAGAGGUAGAAAAACUGGAAACCACAAAAGAGAGACAAAUCGGCAAUAAGGCAGCUUUGGCCAUUAUUGACAGUAAGCUACAGAGUAAGAAAAUAGAGAUACAAAGAUUACAAGAAGCUGAAGGAAAGGUGCAGGGAGAACAACAGAGUAGAAAAGACAAGAAGAAGUUUUGUGUAUUUUAGCAUAUUUUUUUUUUUUUUUUUUUUUUACCAAAUUCUCAUCAUUCAUCUCAUAAAUAUGUCAUUUCACUCAGUUGUUAUUAAGUAGAGUAUUCUUUAAGAAAACUAGGAUUAAAAGUGUAUCAUGGUAAAUUGUGUUAGUGUCACUGAAAUGCAAUAACUGAUAGGACAGUAACAGUUAGGUGUAUUUACUCUGCAUAAAAAUAUAAUCUCAAAUUACCUAAGUAUGUUAGAAACAAAUUCAAUAUAAAUGUUAUCUGUAUGUAUGCUGUAUAUGUGAAACAGGUUUUAAAGUAAACAUUGGAUGCACUUUCAAUUAUGAAAAUAAAUUCCCACCUGUU